UAGAACGUAUUUGUAGGUGUCCACGAAUGGCACAUAUUGGAUUUCGAUAUUUCUCUUGUUUGAAAAGCCAAAACCGUAAAUACGGAAAACGUCUGCUCAGUUGUCUUGCGGCAGUUCUCGAUGAUCAUGAGGGUAGUGGAUGGCAGCAUCGGUGUCGGCAGGCAAAAUGCUAUUAUGGUUGAUCUCCAUGAGAUUUCUUGCCGGUGCCUUAGCAUGUAAUAUGUCGUUGAUAGCAAUUGCGCCGUAUAAAUCACAGGUGUACAGUGAUCAGCAUAUCGUCGGUCCGGCGAUUGAUAUCGCGUUUGAGAAGAUUCAGCACACCUGGCUCAGCGGAUGUAGUAUUAUGACCUAUAAGCCAAAAGAGGGCUGGCUGGAUGGCUGUGAGGAUAUUGAGGAUUUUAUUAUGAGCUAUUCAGGAGAAUUGUAUUACAGUUUUCUGAAUGGAACGCAUCCAUUAGCGGCUAUGUUCGGUUUGACCUGCACAUUUGCCAAUAAGGUUUUUAUGGAUCUUCUGCAAAACUGGAACCUGCUACUUCUGGAAGGCUCAAGUAUCGCCACUUUCCUGGCCGAUCGCGUGCGCUAUCCGAACAUCCUCGGCUUCUCCUACACGCACGUUCGAGUGGGCACGUUCUUCUACCAAGUGAUUAAACUGUUCAACUGGACGGAUGUCACCGUCGUCUACGACGCGGAUGACGCGGUAUGGAGAGCCAUGUUUACCAUGACCGAGUACUUUACCGGCAAGACGGAUGUCCGGCUGGAAGCGCGGCCCUGCUUCCUUACCAAGAAUAAGAACGACAUGUACACGGAUAUCCUGCGCGCUGUCCGGGAAGCUCAUCAAAGGUCACGAAUUAUCUUUAUUUUGGGAAAUCCUAAUACAAUUCGACUGGUGAUGUUAGCUGCAUAUUCGUUGGGGUACACAAAAGGAGAUCAUAUUUUUAUUGCCGGUGCUUACUUCAAAACGAAGAACUACUUCGACACGCCUAGAUGGGAUAUGGGUUCAGCCAGUGAUAACGAUACACGGGAGGCGUAUCGCAGUCUGUUCCUGGUGAAACAACGCGUACCGUCCUCACCGGAAUUUCGCGAGUUCAAUCGAACGGUACAAGAAAUGGCUAUACGCGAUUACAACCAAUCCAUUCCGCCAUACGACGAGGUCAACAUCCAUGCUAUUGGUUUUCAUGACGCUAUCUUGACGUACGGUCAAGUGGCUAACGAAACCCUGGCGGCUGGUGAGGAUAUCUUUGAUGGACGCAAGAUGGCCAAGCGUUUUACUAAUCGGACAUUUUAUGGAAUACGGGGCGAAAUCACGCUGGAUGCCCAAAAUAAUCUUGUUGGCAACUUUGAACUGUACAAUUUCCGCUAUAAUGCCGGUAUUUUUGUGAAAGUGGUUGAUUUUCCGGAGACGGCUACAGUAGCCAAAAUUGUGGCUGAUAUCGAGUGGCCCUACUCCGAUAGACCGCCGCCCAACGAACCGUUUUGUGGUUUCGCGGGAAACAACCCUAAAUGUGAUCCGGCUCAAAGUCCAACCUUGUACAUUGCUGGUGGAUCUGCCGCUGUUGGUGUCAUAAUUCUCGUUACUGCGACAAUUGGAACGUUAAUGUUUAUGAGGAACAGAGCAGCUGCUAAAGCAGAUGCUCAGUGGUGGAGAAUUCCCCCUGACCAGUUCCAGGAUCAAGAACAAACCGGAGAACAAGCCAUGGUGCAAUCCAAUCCGGUUACAAUGCAACAUUUCUCACCGGCAAAGAUUUCUGAUCGAACACUUUCGGAACUGAAACGGUUGAGAACAACCAAAUCCGACAAGCUGGUGCGAAUUUUCGGCAUUUUACUGAAAGAAGACCGUGGCAUCGUUCUGUACGAGUCAUGUCCAAAGGGGUCGAUCUAUCAAGUAACACGUAGUGGCGAUUCGUUUAUGCUGGAGAUAUCAUUCCGGUUGUCUAUGCUCGGUGACCUUAUUGAGGGACUACAUUUUAUUCAUCAUUCAUGGAUUUACUGUCACGGACGGCUGCGUAGCACCAAGUGUUUGAUUAAUUCGCGGUUCAUGGUAAAAAUAACCGAUUAUGCCCUGCAAGAUUUAAAUGUGGAAAGCCAUUUAUCAGCGGAAGAGCAAAUCUGGAUGGCGCCCGAAUUGUUGCGAACGCCUGGUUUUCCAUCUGCUAAUGUAAAGCGGAAAGCGGAUGUAUACAGCUUCUCCAUUAUUUUAAGCGAACUAUGCUUACUGAGUGAUCCUUAUAAUACCGCCCAGGAUUUUAGCAAAUAUGCUGAAAUUAUUGACGCAAUAAAAGAAGGAAAGCCGCCAUUAAAGCGGCCAAACUUGGAGAAAACUUCCUUGGAUAAAUUAAAAGCCGAAGGGCUCCGCAACUUAGCGCAAAUGUGUUGGAAAGAAAACCCAGCGGAACGGCCCACCAUGGCCGAUGUGGAGAAGAUAUUUCAGCGCAUCCGCGGUAGAGCUGCUGGCACCAUGGUCGAUGACCUUAUUAAGCGUAUGCAAUCAUAUGCGGAUGAACUAGAACAAAUGGUAGCCGAACGCACGACAGAGUUACUGGAAGAAAAAGGAAAGAUUCAGAAGCUCUUGUUUGAAAUUCUCCCAAGAUCUGUUGCGCUGAGUUUAAUAGCCGGACAAGUGAUACUGCCGGAGCAGUUUGAAUCGGUGACAAUUCUCUUUAAUGCCAUCGAAGGCUUCACGCACAUUGCUUCCAAAAGCUCACCUAUACAACUGAUAGCCAUUAUGCAUUCGCUUUACCUGACCAUCGAUAAUGAGAUCUCCACGUUUGAUGUGUACAAAGUGGAAACAACGAAUGAUGUCUAUUUGAUCGCCAGUGGUCUGCCAAAACGCAAUGGGAUGAAACAUGUGACGGAAAUUGCAUCGUGUGCGUUAACAUUACGGAAUGCGGCGCGAAAGGUCAACAUACGAUCCAAUGAACUGCAACUGAAAUUCGUAACAGGCUUUCACACCGGGCCGAUUGUGACCGGGGUUGUGGGCGAUCGCCUGCCUAGAUAUUGUUUGUUCGGUGACACAAUUAAUACAGCAAGCCGAAUGGAAUCAACUUCUGAAGGGGAUAAAAUCCAAGCCAGUUCAGCUUCCGUUACACUUGUUCCGGAAUCGUCUGACCUGAUAUUUGAACCGCGAGGAGAAAUUUUCGUAAAGGGCAAAGGAAACAUGUCCACGUAUUGGUUGGUUGGCGUUAAACCUAAAUUGGGGAAACUGGACUCGAAGGAGGUGUCUCGUGCGUAGUUAACGGGAACGAUAUGCCGUCCGUUAUCAAAUGCUACAAAUGCCGCCUUCCUUGCCCGGGCAAACAAUCAUAAAUCCCGUGUUAACUUUUCUUGCGGUGACCAGUGCUCAAUGUGUUUCAAAGUAUGCAAUACUGUGUGAAAGCUGAAAUUCAAUCGGAUCCAUCCCCAUGUUUCCUUUAGUGCUAUGCCCAGCGAAUGCGUAAUUAAACUGUAGAGUAAAUGGUCGCACAUAUAUUUCUCCCUUUACUGCCGCUACGGCAUAUUUGUGUACAAACAAAAAGUAACAUGGGCGCAACAUUCUUAUGCCGUUAAUGAAUGCUGUCAUCAGAAUGCUUUGUGGUGUAA